AUGUACUGCCAUCUUGAGUAUUGUUCUCAGAUUUGGAAUCCCACACGUAAAAAGCAAAUCAUCAAGCUAGAAAAGGCUGCUGUUCCAUCGUGCUUUCCAAUGUCACAACUCAAUGCCAAGUUAUACGAACGUUUAAGACAAUUAGGCUUAAAGACGCUUAGAUACAGACGGACAAUUGCGGACCUUGUUUUUUGCUUUCGCCUUCUACGCAUGGAGACUAAUCUGUCUCCAAGCCAAGUCACGAAAGAAUUAGGCGGAUUCAACUUACAUUACCCUCGGAUUCAAAAGAAAAAUCAGACUCAAUUAUAUAAUUUUGUGCUCUACCGUGGUGCGAGGUGGUUACAACGUUUACCCACUGAAAUUCUGUCGUCUGGUGACAGCCAUAGUUUUAGAAAAAAACUGAUAAAGAUUUUCGACCUAUUACAGCUUCUCGGAUUGGAUGACUCAUUUUAG